UAUUACUGACCUAUAGACUGUCCGUUAAGGGUUUAUUAUAUUCUACUGCCUGUGUAAAUUAGCCUUGAGCCACAUUGAAUGAAUAUUUGCCUUAAAUAAGCCUUAUUGUUUUUUCACCUGACAUUUUUACGUCGCUGGAAUCAGAAACUGCCUCCAUGAAAAUAUCGUCCUGAUGGUUUUUCUCACUCAUGAGCUGCUGUCACUGGAUGUCUAAGCUAGGAUAGGAUUUUGUAAAAACUAUUUUUAACGUAUUUCUGAGCCUUUGUGAUCGUCGCUGCUGAGAAAUAAAUCCAUGGUGCUGUGAUAUAACCUCUUAUUUAACUGUAGGGAUAGUGGACAGGCGUGGGACAACGCACGAACAGCUCUGUGAUGGAUAAUGCUCAUACUAAGACGGUGGAGGAGGUUUUGGGCUUCUUCACAGUGAACGAGUCUACAGGUCUGAGCUGUGAGCAACUGAAGAAGAACAAGGAGAGAUGGGGACCAAAUGAGUUGCCAGCUGAAGAAGGAAAGUCUCUCUGGGAGCUGGUCCUGGAACAGUUUGAGGACCUGCUGGUCCGAAUCCUGCUGCUCGCUGCGUGCAUUUCAUUUACCCUGGCGUGGUUCGAAGAAGGAGAGGGGACAAUCACAGCCUUUGUUGAACCCUUCGUUAUUCUCCUCAUCCUCAUCGCUAAUGCUAUUGUUGGAGUAUGGCAGGAGCGUAAUGCUGAGAAUGCCAUCGAGGCUCUGAAGGAGUACGAGCCAGAGAUGGGCAAGGUUUACCGACAGGACAAGAAGAGCGUCCAGAGAGUGAGAGCCCGGGACAUCGUCCCUGGAGACAUUGUGGAGGUCGCUGUGGGUGAUAAGGUCCCAGCAGACAUCAGGCUGACAUCCAUCCGCUCCACCACGCUGAGGGUGGACCAGUCCAUUCUGACAGGAGAGUCUGUGUCGGUGCUCAAACACACGGAUCCUGUACCCGAUCCCAGAGCCGUCAACCAGGACAAGAAGAACAUGCUCUUUUCUGGUACCAACAUAGCUGCGGGGCGAGCCAUCGGAGUCGUCGUGGCAACAGGAGUGCAGACAGAGAUCGGAAAGAUCCGGGAUGAGAUGGCAUCGACGGACCCUGAAAGAACCCCGCUACAGCAAAAACUGGACCAGUUUGGACAGCAGCUGUCGAAGGUGAUCAGUGUGAUCUGUGUGGCUGUUUGGGCGAUCAACGUGGGACACUUCAACGACCCUGUGCAUGGAGGCAGCUGGCUCAGAGGAGCCGUUUAUUACUUCAAGAUCGCCGUCGCCCUGGCUGUAGCUGCAAUACCAGAAGGUCUCCCUGCCGUCAUCACCACCUGUCUGGCUCUGGGAACGAGGAGGAUGGCGAGGAAGAACGCCAUCGUCCGCAGCCUGCCGUCAGUGGAGACGCUGGGCUGCACCUCAGUAAUCUGCUCAGACAAAACUGGAACUCUGACUACCAACCAGAUGUCCGUCUGCAGGAUGUUUGUGGUGGACAGUGUGUCAGGAGAGCGCUGCAGACUGAGCGAGUUCUCAGUGACUGGAUCUACUUACGCCCCUGAAGGGGAAGUCUAUAAGGACGGCUCAGUGGUGAAGUGCAGUCAGUAUGAAGGCCUGGUGGAGAUGGCGUCCAUCUGUGCUCUCUGUAAUGACUCAUCUCUAGACUAUAAUGAGGCCAAGGGUGUGUAUGAGAAGGUGGGGGAAGCCACAGAGACCGCCCUCUGCUGUCUGGUGGAGAAAAUGAACGUGUUUGACACCGACCUGAGAGGACUGAGCUCAGCUGAGAGAGCUACGGCAUGCUGCUCGGUGAUCAAACAGUUGAUGAGGAAGGAGUUAACACUGGAGUUCUCACGAGACCGAAAGUCCAUGUCUGUCUUCUGCUCCUCAAAUAAACUCACCCGCUCUGCUUCUGGAGCCAAGAUGUUUGUCAAGGGCGCUCCAGAGAGUGUGUUAGAGCGCUGCAACUACGUCCGGGUCAGCGGCUCCACCCGUGUGCCUAUGAGCACGGAGGUUCGAGAGCAGCUCUUGUCCACAGUGAGGGAAUGGGGAUCAGGCAGAGACACGUUGCGCUGCCUCGCCAUGGCCACAAGGGACGCACCUCCUGACGUCAACAGCCUGAACUUGGAGAACUCGGCUGCUUUUACCGACUAUGAGUCUGAUCUGACCUUUGUGGGCUGUGUGGGCAUGUUGGACCCCCCCAGGAAAGAGGUGCUCAGUGCAGUCCGAAUGUGUCGUCAGGCUGGCAUCAGAGUCAUCAUGAUUACAGGUGAUAACAAAGGCACGGCGCUGUCAAUCUGUCGCAGAGUGGGCAUCAUCACGGAGCAGGAGGAGGAGCAGGAGGGCUCUGGGGUCAGCGGCGGUCUGACGGGCCGUGAGUUUGACGAGCUGCCUCCUCACCUGCAGCGUCAGGCCUGCAGGACAGCCAGGUGCUUUGCCCGGGUCGAACCAGCUCACAAGAGUCGCAUCGUGGAGUACCUGCAGAGCCUGAGUGACAUCACAGCCAUGACGGGUGAUGGGGUGAAUGAUGCGCCGGCGCUGAAGAAGGCAGAGAUCGGGAUUGCAAUGGGCAGCGGUACUGCAGUGGCGAAGUCGGCCUCGGAGAUGAUCCUGGCUGAUGAUAACUUCUCGACCAUCGUGGCCGCAGUGGAGGAGGGCAGAGCCAUCUACAACAACAUGAAGCAGUUCAUCAGAUACCUGAUCUCGUCCAACAUUGGAGAGGUCGUCUGUAUUUUCCUGACAGCGGCUCUUGGCAUGCCUGAAGCUCUGAUUCCAGUGCAGCUGCUCUGGGUUAACCUGGUCACAGACGGUUUUCCAGCUACUGCCCUGGGCUUUAACCCCCCUGACCUUGACAUCAUGUCGCGCCCUCCCCGUUCCCCCAGAGAGCCUCUGAUCUCCAGCUGGUUGUUCUGCCGCUACCUCAUCAUUGGAUGUUAUGUUGGAGCUGCCACAGUCGGCGCUGCAGCAUGGUGGUUCAUGGCGGCACAUGACGGACCUAAACUUUCCUUCUAUCAGCUGUCUCAUUAUCUGCAGUGCAGUGAAGGUCACGCUGAGUUUGCUGGUGUUCAGUGCUCAGUAUUCGAGUCUCCGUACCCCAUGACCAUGGCUUUGUCUGUCCUCGUGACUAUAGAGAUGUGCAACGCCCUGAACAGCCUCUCUGAGAACCAGUCCCUACUGAAGAUGCCUCCUUGGUCUAAUCCGUGGCUAGUGGGCGCCAUCUGUCUGUCCAUGGCUUUGCACUUCCUCAUCCUCUAUGUCGACCCACUGCCAGUGAUCUUUCAGAUCCGCCCCUUGUCCUGGCCUCAGUGGGUGGUGGUGUUGAAGAUGUCGAUCCCCGUCAUCCUGAUGGACGAAGUCCUAAAGUUCCUCGCCAGAAACUACGUCGAGCCAGGAAGCCAGAUCCAGUCUUUGGAAGAGGAGGAGGAGGAGCUUCAGAGGACGAGGGCAAACGCAGGAUUGGCUGGUGUGGUGAUGACAAGGCUGCGUCAGUCAUUGAAAGGUGUGUCGUGGUCAUUCGUCCUGAUCUCCGCACCGGUGGUGAUCUGGAUCUUCAGCCUGGACUCUGACAUCACCAACAUCUUCUGGGAGUGACGGGAGGACAGAGCGGACCGGUGGAUUGUUGGGGAGGCAGAGAACAAAAGGAAGGGACCAAAAAGCAGAGGAUUGUGGGAUGUAGUAAUGACUGAAUAGGGGAGUUGAGAGGCGAACAAAGAUGAGGUACACUUUGCUACAAAGCAAGAAUGUCAGAGGUGAGGAAAGAGAAGUCUAACAACAGACAAUCUUAAUACAAAAAAGGUUUUCUUUUGAAAGAGAAGGUGCUACAUGUAGCAGAAGGUCUCUGUCAAAGUCAGAAUCAACUCUCAUUUUAAUGUGAAAGUUCUCUCCAGGUCUGAUUCACUGAUGAUGGUUCACUAGCUCCAAAAUCUUCAUCAUUUGCUCCCAUCUGCUUUGUCUUAAGAUCUGUUUCACAUUCAGACACUGACAUGCCCAUGAAGUUUUCAUGCUGCCUGCAGUUCACUUUUGUUUGUGGGGAGGGGAAAUACACCCCAUUUCUCAAAGUCAAUCUGUGCAGUGCAAAUGACCGCCUUUCUAGAUUAUCUUUAGAUGAAGUCCGUCUCUAUCCUGUCAGUUUAUUUAAGAAAACAUCUGAACAGCAGAGCAACCUCAGACAGGUAAAGUAAUAUGAUACUAAUAUUUGUAUGUUGUUCUCUUUAUUCCUGCAUUAGCAUGUGACCCAGCUGUUCUGGGCUGUGCAUGCAUUUUUAAGCCCAGUUUAGACCAAAGACUCAGAAUGCAAUAAGACUGUUUUAGCAGCUAGCAGGAGACAGUUGCAGCUUUGUGAUCUUAGCCGUUAUAUCAGGCAAGCUGACAGUGUUGCCUGCAGUUCAGUAUGUCAAGUCGCCUUCAGCUGGUUUAAGGAACAAAUUCACAUCAUGCAUUUUAACAGCGAACAGCACCCUGUCAUCAUCAGCCUCUCCCUAACUGAAAUACAGCCUUGACAGCUGUGUUUGCUCUGUUUUUAGAGGUGACACCAAUUCCUGUAAAUGACAGAAAUGCUCUGGGAAUAAGUGGGAGAAAUUGGCCAAAAAUGGGAUGUCUGCUGCUUCAAGCUCUCACCAGUAAUAGGCAUAACUCCCCUGGGUAUUUGUUGCAGCACCCAUUAUCGGCUCCAAAGUCUGAACCCUCUUUUUUAUGUUUCUGCAGAAUUGUAACCUACUAUCACUGUCCUUAUUUAGAACUACAAAUAGAGAUGCAUUGACUGUGGAAAUUAUGGCCCAUCUCUAUGUGCAGAUCCCUAGUCUGUCUAAACUUUAAGCUGCUGCCACUAGUAGCCACUGCAUCUGUUCUUAAUAGCUGCCAUACUGUCACAAUGCUCUUUAAUCCACUGUGAACACAAUGAUCUGUUAGCACCAUAGCAUCUCAUGGGAUCAGAGCAGUUCAGCACUAUUUUGAUCUACAAAAUGGGAACAGUUGUAAGUAGGCUGUGUGAGGUUCUAGGUCUAUAUAACUAAAGUACUUAAGGAUAAUAUUCAUCAGAGAAACAUGGACGCUAACCUGUAGGGAUCUUCGGAGGCUUGACGUUUUAGCACUGCUCACGUUAGCCACAUUCCAUAAAUCAACUUUGCACAGGUACAAAUGAAGUUGGUUUACAGGAUGUGUUACUUGACUUUAGCCAAGUCAGCUGAACACAAUUCUAAUUUGUGUUGAAUUGUUUGUGAAAUUAGUCACCUAGGAACAUCCCUAGUUUAAAAUAACAAUAUAGCCUCUUGCAAAUACCAAAGUUUACCUUGUAACUUAUUUUGUAUAAAGCCCACUUCAGACCAAAAUUUUGUGAUGUGACAAGACAGUGGCAGCUUGAACCAAGUGGUCUGAAAAUGUUGCCUACAAUUCAGUUUGUCAGAUUGUAAACAGCUUAUUUCAGUGUUGAAUGCAGAUGCAUGUGAAAUAGGUAGGGCUGCAACAAACGAUUAUUUCAAUCAUCGAUGAAUCGGAUGAUGAUUAUUGUUGUCUCACACACACACACCGAUUCAUCAAUUAAUCCAAUGAUUAUUCCAUUGAUUAUUCGGAUUUUGCUAGGCGGGGCUUCACAUAUUUGUUCCAAGUAGAGUAUUUUGUAAGAUAAAAUCCCAGUGUAAAUUUUAGAAAUAAUUGCGUGUAUUAUUUUUUACUUUUCAUACGGGAACUUCAGCCUGUUAACACUCCUCCCCAUAAGCUGCACAUGUAAGCAGGAAGCGUGGCGCUGUAUGAGCAGGGAGCAGAUAUCUUGGUUAUGACAAGACUGGGCUUGCAAAGCAGUUUUCUGAUUAUAAUUGCUGUGAAAUUGUGCUGCCAUGCUAAGAUAUUGAUGACAAAUGACUUACAGAUGAGAAGGAAUCAUUCAGUCUGAUGAUAUGCAGGAAAAAAUAAACAGUAAAUGCUAUGAAAACGAUGCAGUGUCUCCUUCAGUUGCAGCAGUGUGAACUGGUAGGUUUUUAGAACAUUGCAAGCAGUUGUGAGUUGCAACUCUACCCAUCUCGCUGCACAUCUUUGGUCUGAACUGGGCUUCAAGGUCCCUUCUUCUACCCAGUAAAGUAUGAUUCAGCUGUUACGCAUACCAGCAUGGCAUUGAUUGGACAGGGCACUGGUUACUGGCAUCUUAUCCUGCCACAAUAUCUGCAGUUGGCUGAUGUCUAUCAACAUGGUUUUUAUCAGCUGAUACUGAUGUUAAAACAAUGCUUAAUGCAUCUUCAGUGACAGUUAUAUUCAUUCGUUGUCUCAUAGGAUGCACUGCCUCCUCCAUUUGCAGCAGUGUGAGCUGACAGGCUCCCAGAACCUUGCAGAGCUGCUACUUGCUACCAGUUGUCUGUUUAACUCGUCUUAGCUGGGCUUAAACCGAGCUGUAGUUGCACCACAGUCACAGAUGUUUGAUGGUGUCAUAUUAACUCUAUAACCGCUGGUGUGUGGAGGACAGUAAAGAAAAAAUGCUACACGUAGCACCUUCUCUAGUUAAACUGUCUGGUUAAAAAAAGGAGUGUGUUAUGGAAGGAGAGACGUGUGCCCAGAAAAACACGCACAUAACACCCAAACCGACUGUACAUCCACACAAUAAUUCACCAGUAAUAAGACAAGCUCAGUGACAUGUACAUGUACAGAAAAUCCCACUGCAGCUAACCUCGUGCUGUAAAGAAUCACCUUCAUGUUGGAGCUUCCCUGUAGAUAUGUAAACUAACAUUUAAACCUGCGAGGAUGGACUGUUAGAAUGCAUGUCAACGCACGCCACUUUGUAACAACCACCAUCAGCCCAGGUCUCUCUGUGUGAGUGUCCAGAUACACGUUAUUGUCCUGAGGAGUACCGAGGUUAAAGCAUGAGCUGGUUAAAAAGGUUCACAUGUCCAAAGUUUGGAGUUCAUCACAGCAUUGAAACUCCGAUUUAUGUUUGAGCAUCCUUCAUUGUCUCCUUUUUACUUUCACACUGCCCUGCAAGAAACAUUUCUUCAUCCUGCAGCUCCAAAACAAGCUGGAAACGUUGAAACAUAAUCCUGGGUGGUAAAUAUGCUUGACAACGUUUGUACACUAAAAGUGCCAGGGCUUUCCAUAAGCCAGACAGACAUCUUAUUGCAGCCAGGUGUGCUCCUGUUGCUCUGUGACUUUAAAUAUUUUUUCUCCUGUACUUUCAGGACUCAAAUGCAAUUCAAGAUUUUUUUCUUUUAAUUUAGAUAGCACUGUCUAUGCAGAAACCACUUCCUGCCCCCAUCUGGAGUUCUUUGCUAAGACGUGACACCGUCUGCAAAUCCACUCAUGAUUUGUAACAUUUCUUCAUAAUUCGUCAUAAGUCUUUUAUCCUUUUAAAAAAUGAAUUCCCACCACAAAUUGUUGUUGAAAGAUUUCACAGAUAUAAGGAAAUAAUGUGGAUGCCUUCUUAUUUUUUCCUCACUGUUGUCUAUUGCAGUGGUUUUCAAACUUUUUUCGCCCAUGGCACACCUAAGGUUAAGUCAAAAUCUCAAGGCACACCAUAUUUAAACCGAUACAAAAUAAACUUUUUAAAUAAUGUUACAGU